GUGCUGUUUCCGGGUUUAGAGAGAUAAUCGGUUAUUUUUUGUUAAUAAGCGACAGCGGGAGAAAAUUAUAAUGUAAGAAUUAUUUAAGAAUAAUUCAGAACUCAAACAUAUGUAAUAAAAUAGAUUAUCUGAGAAGACUUCCGUUCUGGCUGCGUGUUGAAGGUCAGGGUUUUACAGGAGGAAUUGUAAUUGCGUGACUCCGACUGAGGAAAGUCCACACACACACACACACACACACACACACACCUGAUUAGAUCUGCGGUACAGUGGUGUGACGGGUUGAGCAGGUGUAAUGGGUUUACUGGGUGUACUGGGUCUGUCAGUGAGGAGUGUGAGGAGUGUGAGGAGUGUGAGGAGUGUGAGGAGUGAGAUUAAGAGGUCAUUCGGAGUGAACACAGGAGUGAUGGAGUGCAAUAAAGGACUACUGUUUCGCCAGUUGUUUGAGUCCUCCAGCAGUACCUACACGUACCUGUUGGCAGAUGCGAGUUCUCGGGAGGCCGUGCUGAUUGACCCGGUUCUGGAGACUGUGGAUCGUGAUGUGAAGCUGAUUGAAGAACUUGAACUGAAACUAAUUGUCGCCGCGAACACACACUGCCAUGCGGAUCAUGUGACAGGAACUGGGCUGCUGAAGAAGCGACUGUUUGGGGUGAAGAGCGCGAUUUCAAAACACAGUGGUGCUCGCGCUGACAUUCUGCUGUCAGAAGGGGACGCUAUUACCUUCGGAAAAUACUGUGUGACAGUGAGAGAGACUCCAGGACACACAGACGGAUGUGUGACAUAUGUGGCAGGAGACGAGUCAAUGGCCUUCACUGGAGAUGCUCUGCUGAUCAGAGGCUGCGGGAGAACUGACUUCCAGCAAGGCUGUGCAAAGAAACUUUACGAAUCUGUCCACAAGAAAAUCUUCACGUUACCUGGACACUGUCUGAUUUACCCUGCACAUGACUACAAAGGACAGACCGUGUCCACAGUGGAGGAGGAGAGAAAGUUUAACCCAAGAUUAACUCUCUCUGAGGAGAAGUUUGAGGAAGUUAUGAAAACCUGAAUCUUCCAAAACCGCCAAGAUCGAUGUGGCCGUUCCUGCAAACCUGCUGUGUGGCCUUCAUGAUGUUUGAGGACGAAACUCAUCACUUUAAUGUUCGGAAAACAUUAUUACUUUAUUAUACAUAAAUAUAUAACUACACACACACACACACACACACUCACUCUCUCUCUCUCUCUCACACACACACACACAGGGUUAUUAUAUAGAAGCGUGUUUUGUAAUGAUGUAGUAAUUCUCAUGUAACAUGUUAAUAUUCAUCAUCAUAAAUAAAGAGUUUCUGAAACUGCA